AAAGCCCGACCCGGCCCGCAUCUGCACGCACGAACCCUAACUCUCCCAUCCACAACUCCCGAGCGAGCGCGGCGCAGCGAUCCAGCGCGCGGGCGGCGUCUGGGGCUCCGGGUGGCGGUCGGGGCAGUCUGACGCGGCGACAGGCGCAACCCGCAGCUAACUCGUAGCCGGCAGAGAAAGCUAAAAACAAUGGCCUAAACCUAUGUAUAGAGGGAGAGACAGAAGAAAAGAUGGAUCUGCAUGCGGUUGAGAUCAGCAAGAAAAAGAUGGAGAGAGGUGCAGAAUCAAGCCCCUUGCUGCCUGCUCAAACUUUGGCUGAGAGGAAUUUGAAAUCUUACCAGGAAACAAGUGGUGCUAAUGGAGAUUUGGGAAUGCGUCAAGGGAAUGAAUCAGCAAAUAGAGAACCUUAUGGCCUCGUGGCAUCUGCUAUGAAUAAGGUCCAUGAAGCACGGAAAGAAGCAGAAGUGGAAUCAGACAUGGCAAUGGUAGAAAUGGAGAAUACAAGCAGAGGGGACACAGAUUUGGAAGAAAGAUAUGGAAUCAUGCUUGCUCCUGAACAUGAGGUUAGAGAACAUCGAAAUCUUACAACUCGAGAAAGCCUGCAGUCACCUAUUUUCCUAUGGAAUGAUACCGAUAUGAACAGGCGGUCAGAAAUACAGGUCCCAGGAGCUGGAGAGACAUAUGUUCAGGAGCUGGGCCAAGACAAUGGGAAUGUCGUCCUAAAUGAAGGAGAUGAAGACCUCAAUGAAUGCCAAAAAGAUCAAGCUGAAGUAGACGCUGAUGGUGAUGAAGACUAUAUGUUUCCAAGUCCAGAAGAAAUGGAAAAGGCUAGGCCUCCAGAGGUUGGCAUGGUAUUUUCCACACUACAAGAUGCUCAUCGUUUUAUCAAUGUCUAUGGGCAAGUUACUGGAUUCGCCGUGAUUAAAGGAACGAAUUACAAGCACAAGAAGAUAACAUUUGUGUGCAACAAAAGUAGGAAAGCAAGAGAGACUGAUACAAGACAGAGGAAGAGGAGAAGAGAUGCCGUUGAACACACUCAAUGUCGCAUGAAGGUGACUGUGAAACUUGUUGCUGAUAGAUGGGAAGUUACAGCAGCUAUGCAUGAGCAUAAUCACCCACUUUGGUGUUCGCCCUUGUUGACCAGAUUUUUCAUGAGCCACAAGGACAUGUCGGAUGAAGAGAGACACUUCUCAAGAAUAUUGCAGGAAAGCAGAAUUAAGCCGGCAAAGAUAAUGGAAAUUUUCAGGAAAUUACAGGGGAGACUCAAGAAUGUACCUGUCAGGAAAGUUGAUGUCAACAACUUGAAACAGUCUUACAGACUGAUGAAGACUAGGAAUACAGAUAUUGGAAGCACACUAGAGCAUGUGAGAAGAUUGCAAAAGGAGCAACCUGGGUUCUACUAUGCUAUGAAGACUGAUGAAGAUAGCACUAUAAGAAAUAUCUUUUGGACAGAUGCGCGAGCUAGACUUGAUUAUGCUUUAUACGGAGAUUUCAUUCAUUUUAAUACAACUUAUAGAACCAAUGCAUACCACAUGCCUUUUGCGUCAUUAAUUGGAAUUAAUGGGCAUGGUAAGCCAACUGUAUUUGCUUGAAAAUGAUGAGGCAGAGACAUUCUCUUGGUUAUUCAGGACAUUCUUAGAUGUGAUGGAUGGCAAGAAACCAAGUAUUAUAAUUACACAUCAGGAUUCAGCUAUACAGAAAUCAAUUGCAGAGGUAUUCCCUACAGUUUUUCAUCGGUUCAGCAUGUGGCAUGUGGUGAAGGAAGCUGCAGCUGAAGUUGGAGGUUUUAUGGUUAACAGACCUGGAAUGGAAGCUGAGCUGAUAUGUCUUAUUAUAAAUUCUUUAACUACUGAAGAAUUUGGGAAUGGUUGAAAGGAAUGCUUGAGAAAUAUACUGCAGAAUUGAAUGAACACUUGAAGCACAUGUAUUGGACAAGGUCUAUGUGGGUGCCAGUUUACUUCAGACAUGUAUUUUGCCCAUUUAUACGUUCCUUUGGACGUUGUGAGAGCACACAUUCAAUUUUCAAGGACUAUGUUCUGCAAGAGGAUACCAUAGAAACCAUCAUCAGUCAGUAUAACAUUUUCCAAGAGGAGUCUGUUAGCAUUGAUAGAUUUGAGUCAACCCUGCAAAAGCCAAUAUACUGUACUAGGCAACUAAUAGAAAGGCGUGCGGCAGAAAUUUACACGAUGGGGCUGUUCUUGAAAUUUCAGAAAGAGCUACUUGAUGCAUCAGCUUUCAAUGUUUUUGAAAAGGAGGACAGAAUCUAUACAGUGCAAAGAGUCGUAGACUAUGAGGAUGCUGAAUUUCCCAACGAUUCCUUCACUAUUGAAGUUGACAUGAAAAAUAAGACAUUUAACUGCAUAUGUUCAAAGUUUGAGCGAGAUGGAAUACUUUGUUGCCAUGUUCUGAGGCUCUUCACUCAGUUUGGAAUUAACCAGAUACCUGAACACUACAUCAAGCAGAGGUGGACAAAAAAGUUCAGGGAGCAGGAGUUACAAAAACUUUGCAUAGAAAAGACAGGAUCAAUUGCUUCACAAAAUU